AGCCCGCUGGUGUUUGUUUCCCUGCCGGGCCCGGGGGAGCUCCUCCCUGCGGCACGAUCCCCAACAGGGACCGUGCUGGGAGGGGAAUGGCCAGGGUUCAGGUAGCAGUGGCGUUAAAAGGCUGGAGGUGCCCUGACCUGCAUGGGGAAGUGCCCUGGCACUGACAGGCAAUUUGGCCUUGUGUAAAUAUGGUGAAAAGGUAAAAAAAAGGUGUUCCACUCACUAAAACCACACUCUUUUAUGUCACUGUGGAGUCCCAGUCCUUUCUGUACUUUCCCUUCGGUUUGGACUGAACUGGUGGUGUGGCUGAAGUGCGGCAGGGAAUCCCAGAUCCACCUGGUCCACUCCCACAACGAUUUCCUCCUGGCUAUUCUUACCCGAUGCCAGAUCCUGGUUUCUGCACCAGAAGGUGCUGGAUCUCUGCCAUGGCCAGGUGGUUCUGCAACUAAACCUGGAAAACCCAAAGGAAAGAAAAAGAUUUCUUCGGUUCGCCAGAAGUUUGAUCACCGGUUCCAGCCCCAGAAUCCGCUGUCGGGAGCCCAGCAGUUUGUGGCAAAGGAUCCUCAGGAGGAUGACGAUUUGAAGCUGUGUUCCCACACCAUGAUGCUUCCCACACGUGGGCAGUUAGAAGGAAGGAUGAUUGUAACUGCCUACGAGCACGGGCUGGACAAUGUCACGGAGGAGGCGGUGACCGCGGUUGUUUAUGCUGUGGAGAACCAUCUCAAGGACAUUCUGACAUCCGUGAUCUCCAGGCGGAAAGCCUAUCGUCUGAGGGAUGGCCAUUUCAAGUACGCCUUUGGAAGCAAUGUCAACCCUCAGCCGUAUCUGAAGAACAGUGUUGUUGCUUAUAACAAUUUAAUUGAGUGCCCUCCCAGCAGCGCGACACCCUCGGCUGGUCAGAGCCUGGCCCCCCAGCCCCCUCCUGACGAUGCUGAGCAGCAGGCAGCCCUGCUCCUGGCCUGCUCUGGGGACACCCUGCCAGCCUCCCUCCCGCCAGUCAACAUGUACGACCUUUUCGAGGCCUUACAGGUGCACAAAGAAGUUAUUCCUGCACACACUGUCUAUGCUCUAAACAUCGAGAGAAUUGUCAUGAAACUCUGGCAUCCAAACCAUGAGGAGCUACAGCAGGAUAAGAUCCAUCGGCAGCGCCUGGCAGCAAAGGAGGGCCUUCUCCUCUGCUAGAGCUGGGCAGCUGUGUCAGCCCUCAAGGGCUGCAGCCCUGGGACUUGUCAUUCGGGUGCUUCUUAAAAACCCAUGUCAGCAUUUCAAGGAUGACAUAAGUUAUGAGUCUGCUUUUCCUAUGGAAAUAUGACUGAGUUGUGGGACACUUUCUCUGCUUCCUCAGGGUCACGUGCCAUGCAGUACUUGCAGCAAUCCCACUGAAUUGGAAAGGAGCAGCAAGACAUUUGUUUGCGAAGACUGUUUUUAGUAAAAAUAAAUGUGAGUGGAAAAAGUUGGUUUUAAAUGAA